UAUCCUAAGCUGAAUUGCCCGCGUUUAGAGAGAGAAAGGGGAGAGUGAGAGAGAGUGGAAAGGAGAGAGAUGGCGGUUUCGAAUAUGUUAUCCAAGCCAGCGAAGCCAUUGCUGACGACGACCACUUCACUCUCUGUAUGUAAUUAUAUUAAUUAUAAUAAUAAUGAUAAUUAUUAUAUAUAUAACCAAUUGUCCGUCGUUUCGACUCUCUCUCGCUCUAAAUCAGAAGCAACAACCACCAAAUCGAAGCUCUCUUCCAUGCCUUCUCAAAUGUUAUCUCAAUUCUCCAAAUCAGAAAUUAUCAAUGCAGGCCCUGGAAGUUCAUGGAUGCAAAACAAUUCCAGAUGUCAUGAUACUGUUGCCAACAGGAGAAGGCAGGGUAUAUCACAUUCGGUGUUUCCCACAACACCUGCAGAAGUAUCGUCUGUGCAGGAUCUUUUUGAAUUUAUAUGCUCAGGUCCCCUUAUAAACAAAUUGGGUCUGACCUCAGAAAUGGUGGCUGAGUCCAUUGACAAGUGGUUAGAAUACGGGGUACACCUAUGUAGACUGUUUCAGUUCAAUGAACUUUACCUGACAAUACCUCAGAAAGCUAGGUUCUACCACUAUUACAUACCGGUCUUCUUGUGGUGUGAACAGCAAAUUUCUCAUCACAGUUCCAUGUUUAAAGAUGCUGAAGAUAUCCCUCCUUUAGUGAUUGGUUUUAGUGCACCGCAGGGUUGUGGAAAGACUACACUUGUCUUUGCACUCAAUUAUCUUUUCCGAGUCACUGGGAGGAAGUCUGCAACUAUCUCCAUAGAUGAUUUUUAUUUAACUGCAGAGAAUCAGGCCAAACUGAGAGAAAAUAAUCCAGGGAAUGCACUUUUAGAGCUACGGGGAAAUGCUGGAAGCCACGAUCUUUCAUUAUCCAUUGAAACACUGACAGCUCUAGGCAAAUUGACUAAAGAAGGGUUGAAGAUGAAGCUUCCUCGAUAUGAUAAAUCUGCAUAUAAAGGUAGGGGCGACAGAGCCGAUCCUUCAACAUGGCCAGAGGUUGAAGGGCCUCUAACGGCUAUUUUGUUUGAGGGUUGGAUGCUUGGUUUUAAACCCCUUCCCACUGAAGUCGUCAAAGCUGUUGACCCACAGCUGGAGGCAGUGAACAAAAAUUUGGAAGCUUGUUAUGAUGCAUGGGACAAGUUCAUAAAAGCGUGGAUAGUUAUUAAAAUUAAAGACCCGGAUUGUGUCUACCAGUGGCGAUUGCAGGCAGAGAUUGCUAUGAGGGCGGAUGGAAAACCCGGGAUGUCUGAUGAGGAGAUUAUGGAUUUUGUGUCACGAUACUUGCCAGCAUACAAGGCUUACCUCCCCACACUCUACUCAGAAGGACCAAAUGGUUCAGAUCCAGAGCAUCUCCUUCUCAUUGAAAUUGAUGAAGGAAGAAAUCCAUUCUGAUGGAAGGUUAGAAUAAGCAAAGCCCAUUUUUUGUUCUUGCUGAAAAUUCGUUGGCUUAGGCAAGCUUUAGUAAAGAGCAUCAUCAAUGAGAAAAGUAGUCCUAUAUAAGCUAUUUUCAGACUGGACUACAUAUGUAGAUGUGAGAUAUCUUGCUUCAAAACCCGCCUUUAUUUUGAAUGGGAAUUGAGUUGUAGGGGGAGGGUACCCCCAUUGUGUAGCCUCAUUUUAGAAAAAGAAAAGGGGAAAAAAAAAACUAUUUUUCAAUUACAA